UUCAUUUUGUGGUCAUCUUUUUAGCUAGCAUCUGCAAAAACAUUGUCUGUGAUUUAACCCCCAUAUUGCACUAGAGCUACAUAUUUUGUUGCUGUUUCUUAAUCGACAUUACCAUACCACUAAAGCUAUAAAAAAAAAUGCUGUAGUGUUCAAUUUACAAAGCUCUCACUUUUAUAGGGUUUGAUUGUAGGGUUUGAAAGAGAUGAUCCAUAAAAAGUCUUACCACAGAAGUGUUAUGGGAUAUAUAAGCCAUGCAGUUUUAUUAUAGUAAUAUUUUGGACCUGUCAAGUUUUGUAUAAUAUAUAGCUUAUUAAGUUGCUAGCUCAAUGGCAAUGGCUAUUCUAGUGAAAGUGAUUCUAGGCUCAAUUGGGUUUGCAAUUUUCUGGAUAUUGGCGGUUUUCCCUGCGGUACCAUUUCUACCCAUUGGGAGGACUGCAGGGUCCCUUCUGGGGGCUAUGCUUAUGGUCCUUUUUCAAGUCAUAUCUGCAGAUGAAGCAUAUGAUUCAAUAGAUCUCUCUAUCCUUGGUCUUCUCUUUGGGACAAUGGUUGUUAGUGUCUAUCUUGAGAAAGCAGAUGCAUUUAAGUACUUGGGGAGGUUGCUCUCAUGGAAUUGCUUAGGUGCAAAGGACUUACUUUGUAGAAUCUGCGUAAUAUCUGCCAUUUCAAGUGCUCUUUUCACCAAUGAUACCUCAUGUAUGGCUUUGACACAGUUUGUACUCAAAGUUACGAGGCAACAUAAUCUCCCACCUCUUCCAUUCUUACUUGCCCUUGCCUCAAGUGCCAAUAUUGGGUCUUCAGCAACUCCAAUUGGCAACCCCCAAAACCUCUUUAUAGCUUUUCAGAGUAAUAUUUCCUUUCUAGAUUUUUUCAUGGGAAUGCUUCCUGCUGCGCUUGUGGGGGUUCUUGUGAAUUCUAUAAUUCUUGUAUGCAUGUAUUGGAGUUUAUUAUCUGGGUGCAAGGAAGAAGAAGAUACUGCCGCAGAAGUUGUUGCUGAGGAUGAAGUGAGGUCUCACAGGUUUUCACCAGACACAAUGUCACAUUUGAGCAAUGGAAAUACGAAUGGCUCGCUGAGUGCCACUGUGGACUCGUCAUAUUUCGUAACUCUUAGAAGUCUAGUUCGUUCAAGUGAGAGUGAAAGACCUAUAGUUCAAAAUGGUGCCUCGGAAUCUAUAAGGAGUUCAAAUGCAUCAUUGAGAUGGAGAAUGAUAUUUUGGAAAUUUUGUGUUUAUCUUAUUACCUUAGGAAUGCUGAUUUCUUUGCUUAUGGGUGAGAACAUGUCUUGGACUGCAAUUGCUGCUGCACUAGCUCUUAUUGUUCUUGAUUUCAAGGAUGCUCAGCCAUGCCUAGAAAAGGUUUCAUAUUCCCUUCUAAUUUUCUUUUGUGGAAUGUUUAUCACGGUUGAGGGCUUUGACAGAACUGGAAUUCCAAGUUCUCUAUGGGACCUUAUGGAGCCUUAUGCAGGGAUUAAUCGUGUCAGUGGGAUAGCUAUUCUAGCCCUUGUCAUCCUUGUCUUGUCAAAUUUGGUUUCAAAUCUACCAACGGUUCUGUUGCUUGGAGCACGGGUGGCAGCAGCAGCAGGUGCAAUUUCUUUAAGCUACGAGCAUAAGGCUUGGCUCGUGUUAUCUUGGGUUAGCACAGUGGCUGGGAACCUAUCGCUACUGGGCUCAGCUGCCAACUUGAUAGUGUGUGAGCAAGCUCGCCAAGCUCCACUACACCUUACCUACAACUUAUCUUUUUGGAAACAUCUCAAAUUUGGGGUCCCCUCCACACUCAUAGUCACUGCAAUUGGUUUGACACUCAUCCACAGUAGUAGUAGUAAGUACGUACCCGCCUAGACACUGAUUUGUGUGGACAACUUUUAGAAUCUGGGAAAAGCACUCAGAAAAGUGAUAGUGACCUGAAUAAUUUGGAAGGUAGCAUUUUGGGGGAGAAGUUUCUGUUGGAAGUUCUCAAACGUUUUUAUUUUUUUCCCAAAAUAGAUGAAUAACUGCUCGUUCACGAAUCCUUUUACCUGUACCCAUAAUUUCAGUAGCUAUAGUCUAUAGAUACUGUCAAUGGUAGAGAAAUCAAGAUUCAAGAAUGUAAUGAUGUUGUUGGUACUCUAGCCGUAGAGGCAGAACACCAUAUGGGGGGGUAGCAGGAGUUUGGUUGGAGCUAUGAAUCUUCUUGCAUUGCCUAUGUAUAUGGUUGUAUUAAUCUCAAGUAAACUUAUGGAUUCUCUUUUA